CCCGGUGAGAGAACGGGAGGCCCGCUGGUGAAUAAGGAACAUUCAUUGAGAGAAGCAGACAGACUGAUUUCCAACAGACCGGAUCCAGCACCGGGACUUUCUGCUGGUACUGAUCGGUCUGUGUGUGUGGGUGUGUGUGUGUGUGUGAGAGUGUGUGUGUGUGUGUGAGAGUGUGUGUGUGUGUCGGAGCCACAUACGGACCAGCAGACAGGCGCAGUGAUGUCAUCCCUCCUCCUCUUCCUAUUCCUCUUCCUCACCCCUUCCUCUCCGCUGGAGUUUCGUUACCAUAACAACCGAGAGAUACAGCAGUACCUGGUGGAGAUCAACGCCUCCAACCCCGACAUCUCUCACCUGUACAGCAUCGGACCGUCGGUCAGAGGUCAGGAGCUGUGGGUGUUGGCUCUGGGUCUCAGUCCUCACCGGCACACCGUCGGCAUCCCCGAGUUCAAAUAUGUGGCCAACAUGCACGGAAACGAGGUUCUCGGCCGGGUGUUGCUGCUCCAGCUGAUCGAUGACUUUGUGCGCGGAUACAGAAACAACGAGGGUUGGUCGGUGAAGUUACUGAACAGCACCCGCAUCCACAUCCUGCCGACGAUGAACCCCGACGGCUUCGAUGAGUCAGACACUGACUGUCUGUUCAGCCAGGGCAGGGCCAACUAUAACGGUGUUGAUCUGAACAGAAACUUCCCCGAUGCGUUCGCUGGUCUCCGAAAACAACCGCAGCUGGAAGAAAGUAGGCGGGAGGCAGAGGUCAGGGCUGUGAUUGGCUGGUUGAGGAUGGAGAGUUUUGUUCUCUCUGCAAACCUUCAUGGAGGAGCUCUGGUGGCCAGCUAUCCCUACGAUAACAGCAACGGAGGUAGUGAGCUGGUGGGCGGGGCCAGUGUUAGCCCUGAUGAUGAUGUUUUUAACCACCUGGCGAAGGUUUACUCCCAUAACCACGCCUCCAUGCACAGCGGGGAGCAAUGCCGUGACAGCAGACCGUUUCUGGAGGGCGUAACCAACGGAUACCUGUGGUACCCAAUCUCAGGUGGGAUGCAGGACUAUAACUACGUGUGGGCUCAGUGUUUGGAGUUGACUCUGGAAGUUUCCUGCUGCAAGUUUCCUCCACAAAAUCAACUUCCUGCUCUGUGGACAGAAAACAGGAAGUCACUGCUUGCUUUUAUUAUGCAGAUUCACCUGGGGGUCAAAGGUCGUGUGUUUGAUGGCUCCGGCGUGCCUGUGCAGAACGCGGUGGUGGAGGUCAAAGGUCGAAGCAACAUGUGUCCGUUCAGAACCGACAAACACGGAGAAUACUACAGACUGCUGCUGCCGGGAGAAUACGUGUUCACGGUGACGUACCCCGGUCACAAGGUUUUGACGGAGACUCUAAAUGUCCCUCAUGGACCCGAUCAAUACUCCGCCAUGAAACACGACUUCAUGUUACGCCAAAUCCCUGCUACAACUGUUAGCCCCCAGGCUAACCCCACCAAAGCUAACCCCACCAGAGCUAACACACCCGAAGCUAUCCCCACCAAAGCUAACAGCACCGAAGCUAACCUGACCCCCAGCUGUAACUACACUUUAAACCUGGAAGCAGGCGCCUCCAGGAGCUCGUGGACGGGACUUUGUGUGUCGCUCGGCCUGGUGGUGGUGCUGCUAUCGCUAGUUAGCUGAAAUGCUAAGUGCUCGGUGUUGUGAUGGAAACUUCUGAAGCAAUGUAGACGAGACUCAGAGAGACACGAUGGAGAGAGCUGGAAACUUUGAUGGCAAACACUGAUGGUUUAUUCUGAGCUUCGGCCGGAGAAUUCACAAGACAUUUGCUGAAGAUCUCUACCCCAGACCCAUGUAUUUAGCUGGUUCUGAGAGAAUAAUCAACAGGCAGGAACAGGGAUACAAAACACUGAGAGCACAGCAGCCCAAGGUUGAGGCCUGGAUCCUAUUGCAAUAUAUUAAAUGGUAAAUGGACUGUACUUAUAAAUCUCUUUAUCGGUCUGUUCGACCCCUCAAAGCUCUUUACAUACUACGAGUCAUUCACCCAUUCACACCUCAUUCAUGCAGAGCAGCACCACUUGCCCUAGGGAAGCUAACACUCACACACACUCAUACUUACACACACACUCACACAUACAUGAACAUACUGGGGAAUCUCCCUUAGCUCCAGUGGACAAAGUGACAGUGAGUUUUGUCGCUCUCACUUCCUGUAAUUAACAUGGACAAGGACACAUCCACAUGUUGACUGCAGGGGAUCGAACCAACAACCUACUUGUUGAAAGACGACCGCACUCCCUCUCAGCCACAGUCGCCCAGAGACAAUAGAACUAUUACUGCUGAAAAAGGGCAGAACAAACUGAUAAACUGGGUCAAAGGUAUGGGCCUAGGAACAUAUUUCCCCAACAGGUGUGACGGACACAGGUUUGAACCCUCAACCUGCGAGAAAGGAACAAGAAGGCGGAGGAUUACUGGAGGUUUACUGCAGAAGUUUUCUAAUUCGAGGGCGAGCAAGUUGGGGUUAAAAGCACGGAAGAAAGCUCACAUGCAUGAGGUCAGAAAAAAGGUGGUGCUGGUGGAAGCUUUGGGACGUAGCAGCGAUACUUGCAGAGCUAAUAGCCAGGUUUUCCAUUCAGAUGUGAUGCAAAUUUAAAGUGAAGGUCGAGGUAAUUUGCAAAACAAAAUGCGAUUCAUUCCUUUAAGAAAUGUUGGUUCAAGGAGAGACGUCUUCCCAAGAGGAUGCACACACACACAUGUGAAGAUUCUUCUGAGAUCUGACCAAAAGUGAAAAGAUUUUUCAUGUUCUAAGAUUAUAGUCGAUAGAAAUAGGUCAGCAUUGCGAGAUUAAAGACAAAAUUCAGAGAAAAAAAGACAAAACUCAGAGAAAAAAGUCAGAAUUCUUCGGAAAAAAAUCUGAAUUUCCAGAAAAAAGUAAGAAUUCUGAGAAAAAAGUCAGGAUUCUCAGAACUCUGGAAAUGUUCACGUGUGUCCCUUAUCCUCUCCCGUAGAAAUACACUCAUCAAAGAGUUUGUUUUGGACUCUUCGGCUAAAAGAAUCAGCGCUUAAUUUGAUUUAUUUGCAGCAUUUUUUUGUGAAAGUAAUUAAUUUUUCGACCAAAUGUCAUCAUUUCCGAUGCUUGAGUGACCAGCAUCGUUCAUGGAGGCUUAACAUUAAUGGAGUAAUCAUUUUUAAAAAAGCCUGAAAUAACUACUAAUACUAAAGAGCUGUACAUGUGAGAAAAAUAUGUUUUAACUUUGCAUAUCUAGGAAUAUAUUGAAUGUAUUAUAACACCAAUCCAGCCCCAUUUUAAGGCAGGGAAGAACUUCAUAACACAGUCAGAUAUAAUGGACUCUUUCCUGCGUCAUGGAGACAAAAUCUGCGGGUACAAACGUGUUUUUAACCGGGAGAUAAUUGAAUUGAAAUGGAUAAUAGGAGGAGAAACUACAGUCUUUAGGAUCUUGACUUGUGAGGUCGUGAUGAGGCUCAUUAACCGAGGAAAAUAUAGACCGUGUAAUUUCAUACGUGAGGAGGAGGAGCACUUUAAAAUUAGCGCUUGCAGGGACUGUUUUUAGACCACAGGAAAAGGACCUCACAGAAGCUAUUAAUCAUCGUGGUGAACUCAGUGAGGUGCGUUUGAUUUAUGACUCCACGGUUUACAGAGUCAUCAGACCUGUUCAUACAAGCGUUUCAUUAUUUCUGCAUGUCUCGUGUUUUUUAAGGAGGGUUGCGAUUAAUCUGAGGGGGUCGAAAAAGUAGGAAAUAAGAAGAAAUCACAUUUUAUUUACACAAAUGAUCACUUUUCUCUAUUUAUUCUUGCUUUGUUGUUAAAUAUUGCUCAUCUUAUCUUGAAAUCGUCCAUUAAUCUGCUUAGUUUUUUCAUUUAAUUGUUUAUUUGAAUAGGGAUAAUGCACAUUAAUGAACAACAAAUAAUGCUUCAAGUGUAA